AAGUGCUUCUUCUUUUCUCUCUCUCUCUCUCUCUCUCUCUCUCUCUCUCUCUCUCUCAUCCCAAAAUUGCUUCAAUGUCGACUACAGCAACGCUCUCGAUCAUACCCACAAUCACGCGCACCAUCACCACCACCUCAAAGAAGCCAUCGUCGUCGUCGUCGUCGUCGUCGUCGUGGCCGAGCUCGAUCCGAAGCAUCCCCAGAGGACGCAGCAGCAGGUUCAGGGCGAUGGCGGCGGCGGCGGCGACGGCGGCGUCGACAACGUACAGAGUGAAGCUGAUCGGGCCCGGGGGGGAGGAGGCGGAGUUCGAGGCGCCCGACGACGCGUACAUAAUCGACUCGGCGGAGUCGGCGGGGUGGGAGGUGCUGCCCUACUCGUGCCGCGCCGGGGCGUGCUCGACGUGCGCGGGGGUCGUCGUCUCGGGAUCCGUGGACCAGUCGGAUGGGUCGUUCCUCGACGAGGCGCAGAUCGCCAAAGGCUACGUGCUCACCUGCGUCGCUUAUCCCACCUCCGAUUGCGUCAUCCUCACCCACAAGGAAGCCGAGCUCUACUGAAUAAUGAUCGUUCAUGUAAAAUUGAGGGAGGGGGAGGUGUAAUGUCGUAUUUGUUAACUGUUAUUACGGUGCCUUUAGAAUUGCACGAGUAUGUAGAGUGCCAUAAAUAGCCUUGUGAUGAUACAAAUUUAUUAGAGUAUUAUUACAGUUUUCAGAUCA